CCGCUACAUGCGACGGUGGGCGUGCUGCUGCUGAGGGCGGUGAUUUGCGGUGCUGAUGAUGGGAUGGGCGAAGAGGAGGUGCUCAUGGUGUGCUAGGAGGUAGGUCUAUAAGUUCGAGGGUCCGGUGCAAGCCCAGUCGCACAUUUUCACUGCAUCUCUUCCCUCUAUCACACACACAGCCAGUCGCCAGAGAUUCGUUCGUGUGUGGCGUGAGCUGCACUGCGUCCGUCCGUCCGGGGCAUCCUGCCCAUUUGCGCGCCUCUCCAUCCCGAUAGCCAUAGCAGCAUUGCUCAAAUAGAUGCCUUCCUCGCCGUCCAUCACGCUCACGCCGGCGACGACGACAACAACAACAACAACUUCGACCGAGCAACCAUCCCGUGACGUUUUCCUCUCGAACGGUCAAGCUACAGUCCCUCGUAACGCGUCCACAGCCACAAUCACAAACAACUACCGCAACCGCUACGCGCUCUACCUCGCCGCGCAGUUCAACAUCAGCGAGGCGGCCGCUUUCGCCGAGAUUGACGAGCAGCUCCGGCUGGGCAAGGCGAGGAAGGGUUCCGAAGCUUCGGAGGCCGAGAUCAGGGAUGUUCGAGGUCCUGAUAGCGUUUAGCGUGUUUGUGAUUGGCUUGGUGAUUGUGGAUCUGCAUUUUGGCAAUGCUGAGGCGAAGAGAGGCGUGAGGGUGGCGAGAGACGCGGGGAAAUGAGCUGUGGCAGUUGUGCAUGGUGGCUUAGCUGUUUAUCGUUAUGCCAACCCUCUUGGCUCGUGAUGCUUGGUGUCUGUCCGAGGCUUGGUAUGUGAGGCCUGUGAAUAUCUUGCUGCUUUUGGAAAGUGACACAUGUGAGGUAGGCCAAGGAUAGCGCCGG